GUUUUUCUCUGUCUGAGUACAAGAGUUUGACCUGUUUCUAGCCUUCUUCAUCUAGUUUGCCUCUAAUCUAGUCUCAUCACUUACAACUAUGGCCCCUCUCUGGAGAUGGCAGUCUCUAAGAGCCAAAAUCACAAAUUCAGACAUACUGUUCUUAAUCUACAAGUUACACGCCUUCUAAAAUAGCUUCAAUCACCAUUUAUACCAGUAAAUUCUAAUUUUGUCUUUGCAACCCAAACCUAUUUUCUCAACUGCAUUUAUGUAAUGAAAUCUCAUCACAUAACUAUUUAUAUGGAUACUCUGUGGACACAUCAAACUCAACAUGUUUUAAGUUAAAGUUUUCCCUUCCUCAGAAUGAAAUCUUCUAUAGCUCCAUAUCCAUUUCUCUCCUCUCCUCUCCCUGUCUUUACUUUAUCAGUUAAUAGCACCAUCACUUACUCAGUUCCCUAAGCCUAAGAAAAAAGUACAUUUACUCUCACUCCUUCUUAUUCCAGUGCCUCUAUAUCUAAUCUAUCACCACAUCCAAUAUAUUGUACCUUGAUCAUUUUAAUUACUGCAUUUCUCACUGAGGCCAAUCUCAUCGCUUGCCUGCAUUUCCUGCAACAACGUCUGAUCAAUUUCCUGUCUCUAGUCUUACUCCUUUCCAAUUUAUUCUCAAUUCUGAAAUACGAUGAUCUUUUGAAAAAUAAAAACAUUUUCAUGCCAUUUUUCUCUUUAAAACCCUUUAAUACUCUUGCAUUUCCACUGAUGUCGAGUCCAAAUGCCUUGACAUGGCUCACAGAAUAUCUGCUUAUCUUUCCAGUCUCAACUCUCAAAAUUUAUCUCCUUUUGCUGUAGGGCUCAACUCUACCAAUGCUAUUUCAGUUCUUUCAAAACACUUCUUUCAUUUUGCAUAUCAUGUUUUUAGUUUUCCUGGAAAUGAACGUUAGUUUUACUUCACAUGGAAUUUUUGUUUAGAUUACUCAUACUUGUCUUUCUUGUAUCAAUUUAGAAUAUCCUUUUUCCAUAAAAGUCUUUCCUGGUACUUCCAAAUUCUGGUUGGAUAACCCUCAUCUUUGCUGUUAUAGUAGCAUAAACAUUUUCCAUCAUGGAAUUUGGUACGCUCCAUUUUAAAUGUGGGGUCACUUUUCUUCCUCCAUCCUUCAAGACAGAAACUAUGUUCACCACUCUAUUCUUAACACUUAUCCCCAUGCCUACCACAAAGUGUAUGCUCAGUAAAUAUUUGCUGAACAAAUUAUCGAAUGGAUGAAUAAAAUAUAUAGAAUUAUGCCUUUGGAAGACCUGGGUCUGCAAAAUGGAAGCCAGUUCCACAACUAAACUAGGGUCUAGUUUGGUCAACAUUUUUUAAUGUUCAGAAACUGAAUACAUCUUACUUCUCUCACUACUGUCGAAUAUUUACUUCCUACUGUUGCUAGAUAAGCCUCCUGUGGAACAUACCUGGAUAAAUGGUACCAUUUACCCAGCCAGAAAUGUCAGCCUCCCCCAAACAACAAUUUGCAUAUACCAAGUUCAUUUCCCGGUGCAUGACCUUAUUGUCUUAGAGUAUUUGCUGAUAGCCAGAGACAACUGAGACCUCCAGUGUCUAUGGGAACCUCUUGCUCACUAAGUCCAUUACAUAAAAGAGUCAUCUUAACUAUGUUUAGUUGUUUCAUAUAAUGUCCCCAUAAAUUAUUUGAAGACAAGAGAGCAUAACUCAUCUGAGUUUGGAGCUGUAUCUUAAAUAUGCUUUUUAUAUCCAGCAUAGUUUUGGUUUAUUGUGUUAAAGAAUGAAUAGCAGUAGCAUCACAUAUCACAAAGGAUGCAACUCAGAAAGAAAAUAUGAAUAUAGGAGAAAAUACAGUUUAAAUCCAUCAAUAAACACACAGGGUAAAUUAAUAUUUUGUCUCAACUUUACCAGAUUUGUUUAAAGUCUGAGGAUCUGCAGAGUCGCAUGGUGGCGCUGCAGGAUAAGACAGGGUAAUUUCUGUUACAGCAGAAGCCCUGACUUCUGUUGAUUCAGUGGAACUGAGAGAGCGGAAGAAGCAGGGAGGGGAAAGAGGCUUUCAAAAGCAAGCUAGGCAGCCAAAAACACCCUGGCGAUAGGAUUAUAAAUCUAUAGAGUACCAAAGGUUCGGGCUGAUAGAGAGGAGCAUCUCCCAGAGCUGUUUGAGGUUGAGUUUCUGCAGAAAGGCAUUCACCUAAGGAGCCAUGGAGCUGGGACGCCCUCAGCAUAUAAGGCAAGUGCUGCUUUUCUUUGUUUUCCUGGGAGGGUCUGCAGCGUGUUCAGAGACCUUGUGCUAUUCUGUGGCAGAGGAAAUGGAGACAGGCUCCUUUAUAGCCAACGUGGUGAAAGACCUCGGUGGUGAGGGUGUGGUGGAAGACCUUGCUGCGCGGGGAGCCAGAGUCAUCUUUGAUGAUUAUAAACCAUACUUAUGGCUGGACCAGCAGACUGGCAACUUGCUCUUAAAUGAGCAGUUGGACAGGGAGACGCUUUGUGACCUCACCGAGCCAUGUAUAUUGCAUUUCCAGGUGUUAUUUGAAAAUCCUUUGCAAUUUUUUCGGGCUGAGCUUUGGGUCAAAGACAUAAAUGAUCACACUCCCACGUUCCUAGAUAAAGAUAUACUUCUGAAAAUCUCAGAAGGUACUGCUCCAGGAACCUCAUUCCAAAUGGAGAGUGCUCAGGAUUUGGAUGUAGGAAAGAAUGCUGUCCAAAACUACACAUUAAGUCCGAAUCCUCAUUUCCACCUUAAAUUACAAGACAGUGAGGAGGGCAGAAAAUAUCCAGAGCUUGUGUUGGACCAAUCCCUGGAUCGAGAAAAGGAGCCUGAGCUUAGAUUAACGCUAACAGCCUGGGAUGGCGGGUCUCCGCCCAGAUCCGGAACUGCGGUGGUUCGUAUUUUGGUUUUAGAUAUCAAUGACAAUGCCCCGGAGUUUGAGAGGCCUGUCUAUGAGGUUCAGGUACCAGAAAACAGCCCUCUGGAUGCUUUAGUCAUCAAGGUGUCUGCCACAGAUUUAGAUGCAGGAAUAAAUGGAGAACUAUCUUAUUCAUUUUCCCACGUCUCCAGAGACAUACGGAAAACAUUUGACAUCCAUCCAAUUUCUGGCGAAGUCCAUUUAAAAGCGCUUCUGGAUUUUGAGUUAAUUCAGUCUUAUACAAUAAAUAUUCAGGCCGUAGACGGUGGGAGCCUCUCGGGAAAAUCAGCAAUUUUAGUUCGGGUUGUAGACGUAAAUGACAACCCACCGGAAAUAGUCAUAACAUCUCUUACCAGCCCCGUACCAGAAAAUGCGUCACCUGAAAUGGUGGUCGCUGUUUUUAGCUUACGAGACCAAGACUCUGGAGAUAACGGGAAGAUGGUUUGCUCAAUUGAAGACAAUCUUCCCUUUCUCUUGAAGCCCACUUUCAAGAAUUUCUACACCCUGGUAACAGAGCGGCCACUGGACCGAGAAACCAGUACCAAGUACAACAUCACAAUCACAGUCACAGACCUGGGGACUCCCAGACUGAAAACCCAGCACAACAUAACCGUGCUGGUCUCCGACGUCAACGACAACGCCCCCGCCUUCACCCAAACCUCCUACACCCUCUUCAUCCCAGAGAACAACAGCCCCGCCCUGCACAUAGGCAGCGUCAGCGCCACAGACAGAGACGCGGCCGCCAACGCCCAGGUCACCUACUCGCUGCUGCAGCCCCAGGACCCCAGCCUGCCCCUGGACUCGCUGGUGUCCAUCAACGCCGACAACGGCCACCUCUUCGCCCUGAGGGCGCUGGAUUUCGAGGCCCUGCAGGCAUUUGAGUUCCUGGUGGGCGCCACAGACCACGGGUCCCCAGCCCUGAGCAGCCAGGCGCUGGUGCGCGUGCAGGUGCUGGACGCCAAUGACAACGCGCCCUUCGUGCUGUACCCGCUGCAGAACGGCUCUGCGCCCUGCACCGAGCUGGUGCCCAGGGCGGCCGAGCCUGGCUACGUGGUGAGCAAGGUGGUGGCGGUGGACAGCGACUCGGGCCAGAACGCCUGGCUGUCUUACCAGCUGCUCAAGGCCACAGAGCCCGGGCUGUUCAGCGUGUGGGCGCACAAUGGCGAGGUGCGCACUGCGCGGCUGCUGAGCGAGCGCGACGCGGCCAAGCACAGGCUGCUGCUGCUGGUCAAGGACAAUGGCGAGCCUCCGCUGUCAGCCAGCGUCACGCUGCACGUGCUGCUGGUGGACGGCUUCUCGCAACCCUACCUGCCGCUGCCUGAAGUGGCGGCCGCCGCGGCCCAGACAGACCCGCUCACGGUCUACCUGGUCGUGGCGUUGGCGUCGGUGUCGUCGCUCUUCCUGUUCUCGGUGCUGGCGUUCAUCGCGGUGCGGCUGUGCAGGAGGAGCAGGUCUGGCCUGGUGGGUGGCUGCUCGGUGCCUGAGGCCCACUUUCCGGGCCACCUGGUGGACGUUACCGGUACUGGGACCCUGUCCCAGAGCUACCAGUAUGAGGUGUGUCUGACCGGAGGCUCUGGGACCAGUGAAUUUAAGUUCCUUAAACCCAUUAUUCCCAACCUCCCACCUCAAAAUCCUGAAAUGGAAGAAAGCCACGCCUUUCUGAAUGGCUUUGGGUUCAAUUAGGGAUUUCAUUAUUAUGCAAAACUUUGAGAAUGAGUGCUAUUUCUUUGUAAAUUUAUUCAUCGUAAUGUAAAAUUCUUUCUUUUGGGAAACUUCACUAGUAGCUCAGAAAUUUCAGUGUCUACAUCCUGCUAUUCUUUGUGUUAACUGUGAAAAAUCCGAGGGAGCUAAAUUUUGUUUAGUUUUUUUCCUCAAUUUAUUUAAAUACAGGGUGAAGCACAAGUAGGUUUACAGUUGUUUGUAUGGAAAAUAAUACAAUAAUUAAUAAAUAUUAAUAUGAGAAUAAACUGUGUUUGUGUACUCACAACUGCAAACCUACAUUUGCCCACCCUCUAGAGAGCAUUUUCCCUUCAAGCUUAAUUGCACACUCUGCUCAGUCGUCUUCUGUGAGUGUUCUGGGCUCUAGAUGUUCUCACUGAAACAGUUUUUAUACGUUUAGCAGUAUUGUUUUAAAGAAAAAUGCAUGAUCUGAAUAAAAACAUAAUUACUUUCUCAUCUCAUUAGGUUGGUUUUUAAUGUAUCUUUUAAAGAUUUUAAAAAGUAUAAUCUUUCCAUUCUCUUUUGUCAAGUAUCUCAGAUAAUCUUUUACCCAUUUAGGUAUUCUCUGCAGAAAUAUUUUGUGAACUGUGUGUAUUACUGGUAAGUGGUGCUGUGUUAAAAUAAAUUCUGAUCUUGUUUGGGUUAAGGGAUAUAUCCAGCCACGCUUCUUUACUGAGAGCUUCCCAGUAUGACCCAAGAGAGAGAAUUACUAUCAAGAUGUUUGUUCUAUUUUUCUUUACUUCUUCUGAUCACUUUUGAAUGGUCCAGUCAUAGAUUCCUGAUUAAAACAGAAGUAGUCACAUUCUCCAAGCCCAUAAAUGGGCAAUGGAGAUGUAGUUCAUCUAUUUUUUUCUUGAUUGCUUGUAAAUGGGAAAUAAAUGUGGGCCGAGGCAGCCAUGUUUAUUCCUUUUUGGACUGGCAGCACAGAAUCUCAUGCAGAGAGGGGGAAAGAAGGAAGGAAAGGAAAGAUAAAGGUGGGAAGGAAUAAGGGGAUGAAGGAAGCAGAACAAUAGAGACUGAGAUGCCUACUUGGUUCUAGACCUAUCAGCUUCUGCCAGUGUCUCCUGAGUCCCCAAUGUGUAAUUGUCCUUGACUUCUACAAUAAGACUCCAGUUUCCUAAUAAUAAAACUUUUAUUUACCCCAUAUUGGUGGGGGGGAGGUAAUACUGGAACAAAACCAAACAAGAAAGAUACAUGCAGUCUUGAGUACUCAGUUAGAUCACAUACCAGCAAACCCAAGUCUCUUGUCACAUGCUUGUAUUAUUAACCGAUGGAAAAAAAAAACAUACAAGCUUAGAGAUAGCUAAUUUGUAUUAGAGAAUUUUGUUACAAAAUUUAAUUUCAUAAAUAAUUUAUGAGGUCUUCCAACAGAAAAUAUGCUACAAAAAAUUAACAGGUUUCCUUCUAUUAUUUUAUGUGCUCCAGGACCAGUUUUCAAAGGUAACACUAACACUGUUAUUGUUUAGGGGUCUACACCCAUACCAUCUUUAGUAUCUAUUUCUUUUAAAAAGUAUUUACUGUGAACAGAAUUAUUUUAUUAUUUAAUGCAAAAUCUUCAUAGUAUCUACAAUGUAUAGAUUACUAUAAAGGUUGAAUCAUGAUUUCAUUAAGAGUAAUAAGUAUUUGAUUGGCACAUACUCCAUUAUUAAAAAGCCUCAUGAAAAAAUUUUAAGCUUCCUGCUGAGCCUGCAGGCUUGAAAAUUUUCUCCUUAGUAAAGAAAAAUAAGGAGGAAUUUUUUAUGGGAAGUGACAGAUGAAAAUAAAAAACUAAUUUUGAUCCAUCUGUUCACUGAUGUAGAUACCAGCUUCUAUUGAUUAAUGUUUUUAAUGCAUGAACAUUAAGGGCACAUUUUAUUGCAUAUUAAUUUCAUAAUAAGUGUUUGGAUCCAUGACCAAGGUCUAUAAAGACAAUUAUCAAGUAUAACUAUAACCAGCAUGUUCUUAUAUUUUGGAGGUUUACUUAACUAAAUGUCUUUUACUACAUAGAGGAAAACAUUCUAAAAUAGAAUGUCAAUUUGAAUAAUUUGUACCUUAAUAGAAUGAAACCCAUACUUAACACAAUGUUUACACUCGGCCUAACCUGUUUUCCCAAUUAGCCAGGAAACUGCAGUGCCAAAAUAUGUGAUAAUGUCUAUUGUUUAAACAAUAUUAAAGUCUUGUCUGGAGUCUGAUGUAAUUGGUCCUUGCCCACAAGAUAUUUUUUCCAUCCUUAGGAGUAAAAGGACUUCAGUUCCGUGCUAGAGUGACAGGGUCUUGUGCUAUCUACAGAAGCAAUGUGAGUUGCUUGCUAAACAUAAAUUGUGAUCUGUGGUACUUGGGAACAAGUUUAACGUGCUCUUUCAGGUGAACCUAACUUAUUUUCUUCUGCACUUUAAUUUUUACAGUAACUUCAGCCCUUUCUCUUAUGGCCUUGACUUUCCUACUUUUCAAGAUCUCGGUGACUUUUGGUAAUAGAUGUAGACGCUCUCCACAGAUUGUUUUAGGUAAUGUAGCAGUCAAUACAACAACACUUACAGAGAUACGGAGACAGCCUCCUUAGACAAUAUUUACAAAUA